AAACUCUCGGCUGAGUUUGUAGUGGGGUUUGAAGGCGGGUGAACGGGUUUAGGCUCUAUCGUACGAGAUAACAGCCUUAUUUUUAAUUUAAUGCUCCGCCUGGCCUCCAGGGUGACAUAUUAAUAUUCUCACAAAUGUUUCAGUGUCAGCUCUGGAUGCACAGAAUAUCCAAUUAAACGCCGUUAAAUCGUGAUUUUAAGACCCCCCAAAACGUUUGAUAUAACAGCGGGGCUCACAAUGCCUUUGGGGAUGUACGAGAGCCGCGCGGAUUAUAAAUCCCCGACACAAUGCCAAAAAACCUCAUUUGCAUUUUACCAGGCUGUACGGGACCUUUUGCCGGUGUGGGUCCUGGAGGACAUGCGGACAAUGGAGGUGUUUCAUUGGGAAGAUGACGGACAGGCAUGUGCAUACUCCCCGUCGGAGGCGUUUCUGUACGCGCUGGUACAUGACCACCAGCAGUACGCGCGUUAUUUACUCAACAGGUUCUCCACCCGCGCGCUGGAGAUGCCCAGCAGAAGCUUCUGCUGCUGCCAGGCGUCCACCACACCGCACCUGGCCAUGGCCGUCCGCUACAACCGCAUCAACAUUCUGAAAAUGAUCAUGGCCACCAUUAAAGACUUCACAGACUGCGAGAGACGGAGCUACCUGAACCGUCACGGAUGCGUCCACACGGACGGCAGCAAGACCGCGCUGCAUCUCGCGUGUGAUCUGGUGCGUCCCGAGUGCUUGGCACUGUUGCUGGGUCACGGCGCGUGUCCUUACGCAACGGACCUGACAGGGAACACCCCCUUGGACUGUUUACUCAGCCAGUUCUGCCAGAGUGACUUCGACAUGCGGACGAAGCGCCUCUGCCUCGGCUACCUCAUCUUAUUCAUGCCCACUUUUCGCUUCCAGACGAAAAUACAGUUGCAGGACAAUGCAGAUGUGUGGAAGGCGCUCAUAGGAGAAAAUGCCUUCCAGUGGCUUUCAGGAACUUCACCCCCUUCACUGUUCGUUCAGGCCACGCAGAAGCUCAGUCAGUCCAUUCCCACAGACCAGGUGGACUCACUGCCGGACUUCCUGAAACCCCUGGACUUUAAACUGGAUCAAGCGUAAUGUGCACAACUGGAAAUGUAAUAAAGUACAUUGUUUGACUCAUUUGUUUCUUGAAAUAUUCAGGUUUGAUUGUAUGUGCAGAGCUCUGUAAAUAUGUGAAUAGUUUGGGGUCACAUUCUGAAAGACACUGUGAAAUUAUUAAAAAUAUAUCUUUUUUGCA